CAGAUCCCCAGAGCACAGCUGCCGGGACUAAUUUGGGCUAAAAAACAUCACAGUGUGGAGCAAAAUCUGUUGUCCAAGAGAUCCAUUGGACCUCAUUCCAAAGAGUUCUGAUAGCCACAGGUCACAUGACCUGGAAGAAAAAACCCAGGAGGCUUUUGGGAUCGCUCUCCGCAUGGGCUGGAUAUCAACCUGAAGGGAAGUCUAAAGGCUGAUGAACUGAUCUGAGUCUGAGAGGGAGAGCAUUGAUCUGGUGUCCUGUAUGCCCUGGGAACCCAACGCCAGCACAACUCAGGUGACUGGCUGGCUGGAAUAUAACAGUAAUCCAUCUUCCUCAGAGGACAUUAAAGGGCAGAGCCAUUCCCACAUCCCCCAGCAUGGAGAACAGCAAAGUCCAGUCAGAGGGUGGGCUGAAUGUCACUCUGACCAUCCGCCUCCUCAUGCAUGGAAAAGAGGUGGGGAGUAUAAUUGGUAAGAAAGGAGAAACUGUAAAAAAGAUGCGAGACGAGAGCGGGGCAAGAAUCAACAUUUCAGAAGGAAACUGUCCAGAGAGAAUUGUGACCAUCACUGGACCUACAGAUACCAUAUUCAAGGCUUUUGCUAUGAUUGCCUAUAAAUUUGAAGAGGACAUAAUCAAUUCCAUGAGUAACAGUCCAGCCACCAGCAAGCCUCCGGUCACCCUAAGGCUUGUUGUACCAGCCAGUCAGUGUGGCUCUCUCAUCGGGAAGGGAGGAUCAAAAAUCAAAGAGAUGAGAGAGUCUACAGGGGCUCAGGUUCAGGUGGCGGGGGACAUGCUUCCUAACUCCACUGAGCGCGCCGUGACAAUCUCUGGAACCCCAGAAGCCAUCAUCCAGUGUGUCAAACAGAUCUGUGUGGUCAUGCUGGAGUCUCCACCAAAAGGUGCCACUAUCCCAUACCGCCCAAAGCCUGCCUCCACCCCAGUCAUUUUUUCUGGUGGUCAGGCCUACACAAUUCAGGGACAGUAUGCCAUACCACACCCAGACCAGUUGACCAAGCUCCACCAGUUGGCUAUGCAGCAAACCCCCUUUACCCCUCUUGGACAGACCACCCCUGCUUUCCCUGGUCUGGAUGCCAGUCCACCAGCCAGUACUCAUGAACUCACCAUUCCUAAUGAUCUAAUAGGCUGUAUUAUUGGACGCCAGGGAACCAAAAUAAAUGAGAUUCGACAGAUGUCUGGGGCGCAGAUCAAAAUUGCGAAUGCCAUGGAGGGCUCAUCAGAGCGGCAGAUAACCAUCACAGGGACCCCUGCUAACAUCAGCCUGGCUCAGUAUCUCAUCAAUGCCAGGUUCAGGGACGUGGCCGCCAUGUGGAAUGACCCCUCGUCCAUGACUACAUCCUGAAGGCAGCCACAAUCUGGCUCUUACAGUUUCACCUUUAUUCAAAAAUCCAUUAUUAGCUUCGAACCAUAAAAGUACUUUGUCAAAACCUGUUUCCUGUGUAUUGAUGUAACAAUACUUUGACAUUCUGAGAAACUUGCUUAUUGAGUGUUUGAAAGAAGAUAAACAUAUGAAAAAAAGACAUCUCCAACUAAAGUCCUUAUUAGCUUAGCAUGGGUUAGCCUCCACGAUAUAGAAGAAUCAUAAACAUAUUAGUUUAUGUGCCCUAAAAAUGUUUUCAUUGCAAAAUACAAUGUCUGUCCAAAAAAGUCACAUGGUUGGAGGUUUGAUUGACCUGCAUUUAGCUUUAAUAGGUGCUUGCAUUGGCUGUGGCACUGGUUCAAUAAGUUCCUGCAAUAAUACAGGAACUUAUUGAACCAAUGUGUGGCAAGAGAGCUCCUUGUAACUGCUGUAUUGUUGGGUAGUAAUUCAAUCGUACAACUAUCUAGUCUUGCUCUGAUUGCGCAAGUUCUACUACUUAGAAAAAUGAGAGCUCUGUCGUUUUCAUUAUGGUUACUCCUCAACAAGAGAGAGAAAUUAAAGACAAAAAAAAAUCCAGAAUAAUUAUAGUGUAGGAUUUUAAGGAAUUUAUUUGUAAAUAAUGGUGGAAAAUAUGUAUUUAGCCAAUACCAAGAGGGCAACGCAAUCCUUUUAAGUAUUACUUUUGUUAGCACUGACAUAGGUCAAAUGUUUCCUAUAAGUUUUAACUAGGGUUUCGCACACUCUAGCUUGUAUUUUGGCUCAUCCCUUCAUGCAGAUCUGUUCUAGGGCAUUGGUUUAUUUGCCGUUGUGACUGGGCAGCACAGAUUUUCCAGACUUGAGGUCCUGAGACGGGCUAGGCCAUGCCUGGAGCUUAAAAUGUUUUAUAUAGAGUUGCUCUUUCACUGCUGUGUGUUUUGGAUCAUUGCUUUGCUGGAAGACCCUGUCACAUUCAAUCACUAGAUGGAAGGAGUUUUUGACUUAAAAUCACACAACACAAAUCAGUCGCUCUGUCCCCUUUGCAGAAAAACAGCCUCAAAGCUUGAUCUUUUCAACUCCCAUCCUUCCCAAUAGCUAUGGUUUUCUUGGGAUGCAACUCAGCAUUCUUGUCCCCCAAACACGACUAGUUAAGUUUGUGCCAACAUUUUUAUGUCAUUUGACCACAUGAUAUCCUCUCAAUCCUCUUCUAGAUCAUCCAUAUGCUCUCUAGCAAUCCUCAGACGGGCCUUGACAUGUACUGGCUAACGCAGGAAGACACGCCAGGCACUGAAGGAUUUGAGCCUCUCUCUGAGUAGUGCAUUACUGAUGGCAGUCUUUGUUACUUUGAUCCCAGCUCUCUGCAGGUCAUUCAUCAGGUCUCUCCCUGUAGUUCAGGGAUUUUUGUUCACUUUUCUCAUGAUCAUUUUGAGCCCAGAGGAUGAGAUCUUGUGUAGAGAUCCAGAUCGAGGGAGAUUAUCAAUGGUUGUGUCUUCCAUUUUCUUCCAAUAGAUUGCACAGUUUUUUUUUUUUUUUUUUCACAAGGACCUGCUAGCUUGUUGUAGAUUCACUCUUCCAGCCUGAUGCAGGUCUGCAAUUUUCUGUCCUUUGACAGCUCUUUAGUCUUCCCCAUGUUUGAGCUUGGAGUCUGACUUUUUGAAGCUGAGGGCAGGUGCCAUUAAUACUGUUAUGAGAGCAGAACAGAAGAGCUUCUUACAGAAGAAGUCACAUGUCUGUCGGGCAGAUAUCUUGGUUGUGUGUGGGUGAUCAAAUACGUUUUCCUUCAUCAAUUAUAAAUAAAUUCUUUAAAAAUCCUUUUCCGUUGUACUUCAAUCAAGAUGAUUGACAGAACAUCCUUUAUGUAAUGAAGGUUUAGAGAUAUGGCGAAGGGCCUGGCCUUCCAAGGAAGCUCGGCAUAGAGACACUGUUCCGCCAUAUCGAAAGCAUUAUCUAAAGUUGAUUUAGUCAAAUAUGUUUUCAGAUACCUCCUGGAUGUCCCAUUUGGGACUUCAAGCACAUGACACUGGGAGGAGGUACAGGAGAUGACCCAGUACACAGUUGAGAAACUGUAGCUGGUAGUGUCUGAGCAAAGAAAAGUUGGGAGGAGGUAUUUGCUGAGACUUCUGUCUCUGCAACCCAGUCCCACAUAAAGCAGAGGAUGCCGAGCACAAGUAUUACUAUCCAAUAAGAGUCUCUUACCUCAUUAUUGAAUUGGUUUUAGGCAGGCAGUGUGUGACAUUCAAAAGAUACAAAAUGUUCCCUUUGUUUAUUUUUGUGAUCAAUUACGAAAUCUUUCUCCUUCAGGUUUCUUUUGCUUGCUGAAAUCUUGGUGAAAACUGUGCAGAUAAAUGUGUUUUUGAAAAUGUCAAAGUAUAUUUUCUUUGCUUAGCAUGUAGGAGUCAAGAAGGUAUUUUCUGUGGGUCAGUUCUAUCAUAGGUAAACUUACCGUUUCAUUGUAUUCAAAUACUAAAGAAAAAAAUACAAUUAAAAAAAGUAAAAUCAAAAAGUUAAGAAAAAAGGGCAGAAACAGUGAUUUAAUGCUGUUAGAAAUGAGAUUGAUGUGAUGCUUCUUUCUUGUACAGCAGCUUUUCCUUCUCCAAUCGAUGCAUGACCUCAUUAGAUAUAACGUCCAGUUUGUUCAUACCAGCAGAUUCCAGACAGCCAUUGAAGAAUAACUUUCACUCUUCAGCGAAAGUUACCUUUUCACACUUUAUUUAUUUCUGUCCUCCACCUCCUUACCCCUCCCCCUUUUCUUUUUAAUCGUUCUCAGGCUGACGUCUGAAGUCACUGGGAUGGGCACGCUCUAAUUUCCACUCAUCCUCUUCCGUGCAUCACAUGAGCUCUGAGUAAACGGCACUAAGCGUGAUUGUUGACCUCUGACCAUUCUGCUGUUUCACCUGAUAAUUUAUUGUAACGUUUCACAUCAUUCCAACUCAACCCCAGCCCAACCUGAAAAUCUUUUUUCUUUUUUUUUCUUUAAGCCCUUUGGAUUCUACCCUUUUGGUACUUUUGAUGGCAUGCUAUGCUGAGUUUCUGUUUUUAUCAUUCUAGUUUUAUUUUACUUCAAACCAACACUAAAAACACUGAAUGAAGACUGGCACUACCCUUCAGCCCAACGUCACAAUUCCCUUUGCUUUGAUCCAUUUGUCAAGUUCUUACAAAUGUUCUGAUCUUUUCCUAAAUCAAGUUGACAGAUGCAAUGGGUGUUCUUGCAGAAAUGUUUGCUUGUAUAUCUUAGUAACAGUUUGCAUGACUCAGCAUUUUAGAUUUAUUUUAAAGUCAAAUGGAAACAAUGAAAUGCAGGUUGGAACUGCAUACAUCUGUCAGAUUCUUUUUAUUAAAACUCUUAAAAAGGAAGUCUA